AUGCUCGCUCUUUGUGAGAGUUGCCCUGGGGACCCAACCGAUGGUCCUCAAGAAGAGUUCCAUGUUGACAUUCUGGGCGAGAAGAUUGCUCAGGAAAGCCCGGCAGCACAUGCUCUCGAACUCUUUCCCUAUGAGCCGAAGACUUGCACCCUUUGCAACGACUUGGAAAGCGCGGUGGAAGUCCAGCUUGCGCAGGGGAGGGGGUGGCAGGUCAUCUACCCCAAAGCAGAGCUAGACUUCGGGUUGCCUGAAAGCCUUCCAGUCUCGGUGCGGCUGCGCGAUGACCCUUGUGUUUAUGGAUGGUGCAACGCAGUGAAAGCUGGCCAUUGCUCAAUUCGACAUGCUGAGACAGCGCUGGACGCUCUAUGGGCGAGAUGGAAGAGGGAAUGCGUGGCCCAGUUAAAGCUGUCGCGUGACUUUGAGGAUUUCGGUGCGGAAGCUGAGAAACAUUUCCGAAAGGAAGAAGAAGCAGCGGCACAGGAAGCCCGUUUGCAAAAGAUACGGCAAUGGCAGAUCAGCAAACAAAUGAAUGCAGAAGUCAACCGGGUCGCACUUCGCCGACAGGCAUGUGCUUAUUUCUGGAUCUCUCUCUUCGUUGUCGUCGUCCUCGGCGCAAUGAUCUUUUGCACAGUGAAGUUCUUGUUGAUGGAGAACGAGUGGCUCGGUGCUGGCCUGUCAACGUCGUUCAUGGUGCUGUGGCUCUGUGCCUGGCUCGCACUUGUUGGAAUCUGUGCCGCCUCAGGAGAAGCCGACAGACACCAAACUGCCGAGAUGGAAAGUGCAAUCCAGGCCACGCAGCCUGAGCUCCGGAGUUUCAGGCUGCGUGAUCCUAACGCUGCUGCGCUGGACGGACUGCUCGACUUGUUCACGAAGCCAUCCUGGCACCACUGCAAGAUUCUGAUUCCUCUUCUCCUCACUUGUUGCACCGGUUUAGUCGGCUUCGGCUGCGCCAUUGCCAUGACAGUGGCCGCCCUCUGGACUGGGGCCAGCGGCAAAAAGGACGAGGUCAGCCCCGAAAAAAUCUAUUGGUUGUCCGCCUUCAUCCUUGUGAUUCCGACGCUCAUGGCAGUUUGCGCAUAUUUCGGGUCGGAAGGAGACCUAUUCGAGACUUUGGUUCAGCCCUGUGGGAAAAACCUCACGGCAUUCUUGUUGCAGCCCCCCAAGCGCUCAGUGGAUGCGGCUGUGUACACCACCCACCAGCACACCAUCGUUUUUGAAGGAAACGUUAUCCCAAACCGGGAGACGGUAUGUUCCUGGCCCGGCAAGUAUGCCUCCGCAUGGGAUGCUCUGGUGGAGGGCAGUCGCCAAAACGACAUCAGUGCGGCGGACUUGCAUGGCGACUGCUGGUGCAUACCGCUCUACGGUGAAAAGAAGCCGUGGGGCUGCAGAUGGUGGUCCAAGUGGAUUGCUAACAUCGAGCUGGCCGUUAAGAAGGGCGCCAUUCUUGAUGUCUACUUCUUCAACGGCAAAAAGGGCAAAGGCAAAGUCAAGGAUUUCUUGACAGCGGGGCAGGAGCACAUGCGUCGCGAAGCGAUCUUCGCCCGCAAAGCGGACUUCGAGAAGUCAAUGGACUACCAGCAGGCCCUGGACUCCGGCCUGGGACACUUGUCGAAGAAUCAAGGCCCCGAUUCCUCUUCGCCCUUCGCUCGGGAGGUACAUCGCCUCUUCUUGGCUUGGCUUCCGGAGGAAGACCGGCAGUUCCUGGAAGCAGCAGAAGGCCUUGGUAAUUCCCAGAAAGCCGAAGUUGCUUGGCUGGAACGAAAGGGCUACUGCUACGUGGAGAAGGAAGUCAGCGAACUGCGCAGCUCAUCGCCCAAGGCGACGGAUCCCAUAGGUCAGGCAAUCGAACCGAUUCCUUAG